GCUGCUUGGGACUGCACUGCAUCAUAUCCCUAAGUCAGGUCCCUCUGAUAGGAAUAUGGCUUUGUUUCUGUGUCUCUGUGUGUUUAUGGCUAUGGGGUUGACUUUGAUAGCAUGGCAGCUGAAACUCAGGAUGUCCACACAUGGCCCCCGGGAGCCACCCUGCCUCCCAGCACUACCCCUGAUUGGCAGUCUGCUGAGUUUGCAAAGCCCACACCCUCCUCAUGUGCUUUUCAAAGAGCUACAGCUGAAAUACGGACAGACAUACUCUCUAAAGAUGGGCUGCCACAAUGUCAUCAUCGUCAACCAGUACGUGCACGCCAAAGAAGUCCUGCUGAAAAAGGGAAAGACAUUUGCAGGAAGACCCAGAACUGUAACCACAGAUGUUCUAACCAGAGCUGGCAAAGACAUCGCAUUCGGGGACUACAGUGCUACUUGGAGGUUCCACAGGAAAAUAGUCCAUGGAGCUCUGUGCGUGUUUGGAGAAGGUUCAGCCUCCAUUGAGAAGAUCGUCUGUGCAGAGGCCCAGUCUCUGUGCUCCGUGCUGUCUGAGACAGCAGCUGUGGGACUGGCCCUGGAUCUGUCUCCUGAGCUAACUCGGGCCGUCACCAACGUCAUCUGUUCGCUCUGCUUCAACUCCUCCUACUGCCGAGGAGACCCAGAGUUUGAGGCCAUGCUGCGCUACAGCCAAGGCAUUGUGGACACUGUGGCUAAAGACAGUCUUGUGGACAUCUUCCCCUGGUUACAGAUCUUUCCCAAUGCAGACCUGCAUCUUCUAAAACAGUGUGUUUCAAUCAGAGACAAACUUCUACAGAAAAAAUACGAUGAACACAAGGCAGACUACAGCGACCAUGUGCAGAGAGAUCUGCUGGAUGCUCUACUGAGAGCUAAACGCAGCGCUGAGAACAACAACACUGCAGAGAUCAGUGCUGAGUCUGUGGGCCUCAGUGACGACCACCUCCUCAUGACAGUGGGAGACAUCUUUGGAGCCGGUGUAGAAACUACCACCACUGUGCUCAAAUGGGCCAUUACCUACCUCAUCCAUCACCCACAGGUGCAGAGACGAAUUCAGGAUGAGCUGGACAGUAAGGUGGGAGAGGACCGGUCCCCCAAACUCAGUGACAGAGGCACUCUGCCCUACCUGGAGGCCACUAUCAGGGAGGUGUUACGGAUCCGCCCUGUGGCCCCCCUGUUCAUCCCCCACGUGGCCCUUAAUGACACCAGCAUCGGAGAUUUCACAGUUAGAAAAGGAACUCGAGUCAUCAUCAACCUGUGGUCUCUGCACCAUGAUGAGAAGGAAUGGAAAAAUCCUGAGCUCUUUGACCCUGGCAGGUUCUUGGACAAUGAAGGCACAGGUCUGAUCAUCCCAUCGUCCAGCUACCUUCCAUUUGGUGCUGGGGUCAGAGUAUGUUUAGGUGAGGCCUUGGCUAAGAUGGAGCUCUUCCUCUUCCUGUCCUGGAUCCUGCAGCGCUUCACUCUCUCUGUCCCACCAGGCCACGCUCUGCCCAGCCUAGAGGGCAAGUUUGGUGUGGUCCUCCAGCCAGCCAAGUACAAAGUGAACGCCACACCCAGACCAGGCUGGGAGAGACACAAGUGCCAGGCAUGUUGAGAGUUACACCCCAAGUCUCCACAACAGUGGUUGUCAGUUGUGAUCUCAGAGCAUGUUUUUUAAUGUAACAUACACUAUCGUUCAAAAAUUUCGGGUCACUUAGAAAUGCCUACAUUUUUGAAAGAGAAACAGUUGUUUUCAAUGAAGACAACGUUAAUCAGAAAUCCAGUCUAGACAUUCUUAAUGUGGUAAAUGACUAUUCUAGCUGGAAAUGGCUACAUAGGGGUACAGAGGGACAUUUCCAACAACCAUCACUCCUGUGUUCUAAUGCUACAUUGUGUUAGCUAAUGGUGUUGAAAGGCUAGUUGAUGAUUAGGAAACCCUUGUGCAUGUAUGUUAGCACAUGAAUAAAAGUGUGAGUUUUCAUGGAAAACAUGAAAUUGCCUGGGUGAGCCCAGACUUUUGAACGAUAGUGUAUGUCGCCAGCUAGGAGAUCAAACAUGCAACAGUGCAAUGGAUCUAUGAACAUUUCUUUAUUUUCUAUUAUUUUUUUGCCAUUAUUGUUAUUGUUUCUUUGCAAUGUAAUAGUCUCUACUAACAGCUCCUAACAUCAUUUAUAAAAUAAAAUCUGAUUUGUGGUAUGCAGUAAUUGUACACGUUAUCUCUGUUGUCAUGAAGUACUUUACAUAAGAAUCUAGGAUUGGAUGAGAGACUACAGUUUAAUACAUUGAUUCUGCAGGUAAGAGUGAUUUAACAGAUAUUCACAUUACUAUUGUCCUAUAAUGUAGACAAUCUCAGAUUAUAUGACAAAAGAGCUUGUUGCACAAUGGGUGGCUCUAGAAGAUCACAUUACACAACAUUCUCUCAGAGAUUCAUAUUUCUUAGACUUUUGAUCAAACAUUAUUAUUAACAGUUAUUUAAAUGAAAACAUGCCAGAAGUUUACAUCUCAGUGUAUCUACAACUAAUUGUUGCAGCUAGAGCAGAGUUACAACCAGACCCUGUUGCCUAAAGUUGUGAAUACCUAAGUUUUGAUAUGUAACAUUUAACACAUACUUUGCACUUUGUAGGCCUUUCUAAUCUUUUAAAAUGUAAAAUAUUUUUAAAAAAGUAACUGCAAAUGUUGGAAAUGUACAUGCAAAAAUAUUUGACUUUUUAAUGUAGUGCAGAGUUUUAUAAAGCAUACUUAAAGUCAAAGUAGUUAAGUAUUUUGAAAACUGCAACUAAGUACAGUACUUGAGCAUGCACUCUGUUACAUUACCCCCACUAGGUCACAUGGGACAUUCAGCAUAAAGUUUAUAGCAUUAAUUCCAUCAGUGCAAAAGAGUCAUGUCAGGCUAUGUACCACUCUACUGCUCUUAAUCAUUGAUUGUUUUUAAAAUGAUGCUUUCAUUCCAUUUGUUUCUACUUUACUGUUCUCUCAUUUGUUGAGAUGCUGCCUUUAAAAAAUGUAAGUCCUGGUUGUUGAGAGGUGGGCCUCCGUGGAUCAAACAAAUUUUUCAGGCACAUCACACAGACACCUACAGAUCUGUAAUUGAGAUCAGGGGAAUUUGGUGGCAAAAUCAACAUGUUGAACUCUAUUAUGCCCCUAAAACCAUUCCCAAAGCAGUAUGUGUUAUCCCACUGCAAGAGUAAACUGCCGCCAGUGGUUGCAGUGAAGGAGUGUACAUGAUCUGUAACAAUGUGUUAUCACAUUGGUCGAAGUUACAUCCACGUGAAUGCCAGAAAUUAAGGUUUCCCAACAUUGCCCAGGGCAUCACACUGUACCUACCAGUUGUGCACAUGGUGUUACAGAGUAUUUAAAUUCAUCAAACUAGGCUACUUCUAUCAUUGUUCCUUGAUCCAGUUCUGAUUCUCAUAGGCGUUAUUGGCAGUGGACAGGAGUCAGCAUGGGCAUUCUGUACAAAGCAAGCUGCAACGCACUCUGUUCUGACUUUUUAAUUAUAGCAACAUUGGGUUUUGUUUUGUUUGUUUGUCUGUUUACCAAUUUGUGAUAAAGUAAUUCUUCUGCGGGA